AUGACUUUUACUCUAAUUGUUCUUGCCAAUGAGAAUCAUGAUCCUUCUUCUUCAUCCACACCCAAUUCUCCUGUACAUGAUGCAUCUACUUUCAAUUAUGUUCCAAAUUUUAACAUUGCUAUGCAUAACUCUGUUGAUGAUACAUCCACUGAUGAUUCUAUCAGUGACAGCUCUUGGGAAUUUAAUGUUGCAGAUGGAAAUUAUGAUUCCAUUUCCAGUCUUGAUGAUGACGAAGCCUUUCAAUACAAUUCCUCAUCAAUUGAUUCUUGCAAUAUUGAUUAUUCUAAUAUUGGUGAUCCUACGGUUGAGUGCACACAUUGUGAAGCACUUAUGUGGUAUCAAGAAAAAACGAAGAAAGGAAAGAAUUGUUCAGUUCCUAAGUUCCAACUAUGUUGCAGAAACGGAAAAGUUAUUUUGCAACUUUUGAAAACACCACCAUUAUUACUUCGGCGUUUAUUGUUUGAUAAUAGCGAAAGCGAAAGUAUAAAUUAUCAGCAAUAUUGUCGAUUGUACAACAUGAUAUUUGCUUUUACAUCAUCGGGUAUGAAGGUCGACAACAGAUUUCAAGAUGGAAGGGGACCACCUAAUCUAAGAAUACAUGGACAAGUCUGCCAUCGGAUUGGGAGCAUGCUUCCUUUACCUGGAGAAUCUCCAAAGUUUGCUCAACUAAACUUUUUCGACACCGACAAUGAGGUUCAGAAUAGAAUUGAAGCAAUAGGGAACAACCCCUAUAUUAUUCCAGAUACUGUUAAAAGAUUGAAGCUUAUGUUGGAUAAGUUCAACACACAUGCUAAGUCUUUUAGGAUGGCAGCAGAUAGAUUGAAAAAUUGCAGUUUACCUGAUCUUAAGUUGAAAUUAAUCUCUGACAGAUCAACAGACGGCAGGAUCUACAACCAUCCAACUGUUUCAAAGGUUGCCGCACUUAUCGUUGGUGAUGUUGAUACAGGUCAUAAAAGAGAUAUUCUUCUUGAGAGACAGAGUGGACAACUGAAAAGAAUAAGUGAGUUUCAUCCAAGUUAUUUGUCAUACCAGUAUCCACUGUUGUUUCCUUACGGUGAAGAUGGAUUUAAAGUUGGCGUUCUUCUUAGGGAAACUAAUUCAAAAAAACCAAUGAAGAGGAAUAAGCUUACAAUUAGAGAAUGGCUUGCUUUUAGGAUUCAAUCUAGGAAUAAUGAAGCACAAACAAUAUUACUGUCAAGAAGGUUGUUUCAACAAUUCUUGGUUGAUGGAUUUACGAUGAUGGAGUCCCAAAGAUUAAAUUAUAUAAGAAAACAUCAAAAAAGGUUGCGUGUUUCUAAAUAUGGCAAUUUGAAUGAUGGAGAACAGAAUGCCAACACUCAAGUUUCCAACAAAGGUGAAAGAGUCGUUUUACCGUCGACUUAUGUUGGAAGUCGAAGGUUCAUGGAACAACUUUAUUUUGAUGGCAUGGCUAUUUGUAGUCACUUUGGUUUUCCGGAUCUUUUUAUCACAUUUACUUGCAAUCCUAACUGGCCUGAAAUUCAGAGAUUGGUUGCCAAAAAUAACUUGAAUUCUCAAGAUCGUCCGGAUAUCAUUUCUAGAGUCUUCAAGAUUAAGUUUGAUGAGUUGUUGUGUGAUCUAACAAAAAAGCAUGUGUUAGGGAGAGUUGUUGCAUAUAUAUACACAAUUGAAUUUCAAAAGCGGGGUUUACCAAAUUCCCAUAUCCUUCUAUUCUUGCAUCCCUCCAGCAAGUAUCCAACUCCAGAUGAUAUAGACAAGAUCAUUUCAGCAGAGAUACCAACAGAACAAGAUGAUAAGCCACUAUAUGAUUUGGUAAAGACACAUAUGAUCCAUGGUCCAUGUGGUAUAGUAAACAGGUCUUCACCCUGCAUGAAAGAUGGAAAGUGCUCAAAAUACUUUCCCAAAAAGUUUCAGCCUCAGACCAUUGUUGAUCAAGAUGGAUAUCCUAUGUACCGAAGAAGAGAAACCGGUAAUACGGUUAUGAAAAAACAAGUUCAACUUGAUAACAGAAUUACUGCUGCGGUUGUCCAAACUGAAUCUGAUGGAACUUCGGUCAUAAGAAAUGUUGAUGAAAUCAAGCAAUAUCUUGAUUGUAGAUAUGUCUCACCAAGUGAAGCGUGUUGGAGGCUUUUUUCAUUUCCUAUUCAUGGUAGGUCACCAGCAGUUGAGAGGUUGUACUUCCAUCUUGAGGGAGAUAAUUCUGUUUACUAUACUGAUUAUGAAUUGAUUGAUGAGGUGCUUGACAAACCAAGUGUGAAAGAAUCAAUGUUUACGGCGUGGAUGGAAGCAAACAAAAUAUACUUUGAGGCACAAAAUUUAACUUACUCUCAAUUUCUGACGAAGUUUAUAUAUGAUAAAAGAUAUAGACGGUGGAGACCACGAAAAAGGGGUCAUACUAUUGGCCGCCUAAUUUGGGUUCCUCCAAGUACCGGUGAGUUGUAUUAUUUGAGAAUGAUGCUGACAGUUGUCAAGGGCCCUACUUGCUAUGAAGAUAUAAAAUUCGUUGAUGGAAAGGUUCAGGAUAGCUUUAGGGAUGCAUGCUUCCAUAUGGGAUUUCUUAACGAUGACAGCGAAUAUGUUGCAGCGAUAAAUGAAGCAAAAGAUUGGGGUUCUGGACAUUUUUUGAGAAAGUUAUUUGUUACGAUGUUGCUAUCCGGUACAGUGAAUAGGCCACGUCAUGUUUGGGAACAAACCUGGAGGACUUUAUCUGACGGUAUUUUAUAUCAACAGAGACAGAAUACUAAUAGAAGAGAAUUGCAACUAUCAGACACUGAGUUAAAGAAUUUGACACUCAUUGAGAUUGAAAAUAUGAUGCAAUCAAAUAGAAGAAGUUUACAUGAAUUUACAUGUAUGCCAUAUCCGGAUAGCUAUGUCACAAAGCAUGUUGGCAACCGGCUGAUUUACGACGAACUUGAUUACAAUGCUGAGAAAGAGCAAAAGAAUUUCGAAUAG